AUGUUCUCUUCAACAGGAAGUUUAGCUGGAAUCAAACUUACAAUUGAUUCAGAGGAGACAUUUAAAGAAUAUUAUCAAAAUGACUGCACAAUUGCUGAUGAUCAAGAGUAUAUAUGGAAUGGAUUGAAGACAGGAUUUUAUGCUUCCAAGAUUCCACCUCGAACUCCAGCACCAAAGCCAACUGAUUCAAAGAAACCAUCAAAAACAACAAGAAAUGUGAUAGUUACAAUUGCUUGUAUCGUAGCAUUAGCUUUGAUUGGUCUUUCAUUGGUAUUCUUCUACAACCGGAGAAGGAGAAUCUAA